AAUUAAUUUUUAAGUAAAAAAUGGAAGUCAUCAGGCACAUAUCUGGUAAAAUAUUAUCUAUUAACUAAGUGGUUUGGGUGUAGGAGAUAAAAAGAUAGUUCCAGUUAAAAAUUUAUGUUGGUCAGUUACUUACUGAAUAUUUGCUUUGCUCUACUUUAUAAUCUUUAUCAGUGUGUAACGAACACCUGUUUAAGGAAUAAACUUAAUUAUGUUAAAUUCUGUGGUCACCAGACUAGUUAUUUAACCAACUAACUGUUAUCAAGUAGCUGGGUUUUUUUAACCGUAAUCAACUUGUUGCCUGAGACGAUUUACAUAACACGAUUUAAAAACGUUACUCAUCGUAGAAAAUAUAACAGGUCCAAAGAAACCUAUACAUUUUAAUGAUGACCCAUGAAAAACUUCUCUAGUCAAAGCUGAUAAUCGAUUCACCUCAAUAAUCAACCUCACGAUGGAUUUCAUCACAAACAGAUUUUCCUUAAGCAGUUAGUAUGCGGUCUACUAGAAUAUUAUUAAUAUAGGUAUCCAUACCAAGGUUGAAUUUGAUAGUUUCAAAUAAACUGAACAUUGGGUAGUGAGUUAAUAAUAAACAAAUUAUUGUUAUGUCCCAAUGAGUAGAAAAAUGUAUUUCUGGCGUUUCGUAGCUUAAUAUAAACCACUUCUUCAAAGUAAAUAAAAUAUGUUUUUUAUUAUUAUUCACUAUAUUAAAGUAUUAAACAAAAACCUUUGACAUAUCACUAGUUAAGAGUGAUUAUCAAUGUAUUUUCGUUGUUUUUUCUGUGAUAACUUUAUAUCGUGUCUCCUAUUGUACUUAACCAUUUUUACUGAAUUAUCUUAUAGUCUUUUAAUCUUCAAUCAGAAUAGUAAAAAAAAUAAAAUGAGUGACCACAAACACUUUUAUAAUUAUCUAAGAUAGAUAUAUGAGUCGAGUAUAGAAUAAUCCAUAAAUUUUAACAAGUAUACACCUAUGACAUUUCCUGCAGAAAAUUAAUUAACAAAUUUGUAGUUAAUUGAUAACCACUUUAUUUUGGAUAAUGAAAUACAUCCCACUUAUGAAAAUAUAUCUAAAUGGAACAUAUAUUUAGGAGUAUAUGUACAAGAACUCAUUAGUAAUCAAUAAUUGUCCAAGUUUGAUUUACUUAUUUUUCUCAUUUCUUUACAACAUUUGGUGAAUAUAAUAAUAAUAAUAACAGUAAUAAUAAUCAUGAUCUUAGAGAUAAUCCAUUUGUAGCAUUUAUAGAAUCUAAACAUGCAGAUCAGUAAUAAACAGUAUUUAUUUUAAAAUGUAAUUUCUUUGUCAUAAUUUAACUUAAAUAUACAUCAUAUAUAUGAACAAAACUCCAAUAAACAGGUUACUGAUUUCAUGUGUAAUAUUUUUCACACUACGUGUAAACAGACAAAUUUGUAUACGAGUGGACAAGGAAUAUAAAAUUUAACAAAUGAACAGUUCUGUUUUGGAAAUGAAAGGGCUAGUUUAAAGUAAGAUAAAAAAAUACUAAACACUUAGAUAUAAACAUGUGGUACACUAGUAGUCACAAUCAUUCUAGUCCAAACUGUGCUAGAUAAUAUGAGACUGAGUUAAUUUUAUUUAUCUCUUUUUACUAUGUCGGUACAAAAUUUAAUAUCUUGAGUUAGUGCACAUCCGUUUCAAGUAUCUACAUUUUUUAUGAAUGACUGAUUAUUUUAUGCAAUUUCAAUUGUACCUUAAUCCUCGAUACAAUUCAGCCUACACAGUGUCCUUUUUCCCAACUAUAGCUGCUCUCUUGACGUGGUGAACGGGUUUUUAUGUCCCAAUAAUCUAGUCAAGUUAUAUUAAGUACAACGCUCGUUCCUUCAGGUUGUAGCACAUCAGACAGGUCAGUUGGAGAAUGAUGAAACUAAAAGCAGCAAAUCCAAGGUACGAGGGUGAAGUCACACUGACAACUAUCUAAAGAUAUGAUAGCAGUAGGGUUGUUACUUCAGAUGACGAGAAUUUGUAGCAGUGCUACUUCUUCACAACCAAGGAAGGAUCUAGAGUAAAUCAGCCUUAAAAUCAGCCCGCCUCGCCAUUCCCCCAGGCAUCUGUGCACCCGGAGAUAAGGCCUUAAAAGUAUGGAGCUAGCUUAUAAAAUCCUGCUAAAAAGGACGUAUGUGACCAGCCCUAAGCAGUUGUUUCUUGAGCUCGAUGGUCACGCUUCCAUGCUUUCAAAUCUACAAUUAACCCAGUUUGGUCUUCAGCCCUCUCAAAAACAAGCGUCCUCCCAUUGUAUGAGCAACAAAAAGUAACAGUCACUCUCAUAACUCUAAUAGGGCUCAAAAUCACACUGUUUUUAGUAUCUGGAUGUUUUAAUAUGAAUGUCUACGGUCUUUUUUAACAUGUUAAUAAUAUUAUCGUUUUGUACUUAUGGAUAAAGGUCGAGUAUCAGCUUACCAAAAAAUUAUGGAAGACAAUUGUUUUUAUACCACCACUUGAAAUGUAAAUGUCUUAGGAUGAUUAGCUUGCAGUUCUUCAGAAUUUAGUGAUUUUUGAUGACUCACACUGUAUUUUAUUUACUAUUUAUUUGAACAAAUAAACAUUGGUUCAAAGGGAUACCAAAAAUAUAUGCGUCACAACAUAAACAUGAAGUUGUAAAGAGAUGGCGAAGUGAAGGUGAGUAUGAUAAAAAAAAUAACAAAAUGGGGCAGAAGUUAGUGUAUGAAAGUGAAAGAACAAUAAUAGUGGUAGAAUCAGUUCAGUUAAGAAAAAUACAAUCAGAAAGGAUUUUUUCAGUUAAAGAAGUUACUCUCACUUUUAUAAAGAAAGUAAAAGAAGGUCACAGAGAGAUCACCACAGGUUUAUACUUUGAGUUAUGUCUGGUAACGUCUCAAGACACUAUGUGACACCAUCUCUAAGACUCCAAUAACAGAAUUAUGAACGACCAACAGCUUACCGUCAUACAAACACAUCAUAUCAUACACUGACCAACUCUCCGCUUUUCCAACCAGUUCUAGCGUCUGUAAAUAAAGCACGAUGUGGAAUUCUCUGGAACGACAUUCGUAUUACAUGUACAACACACCGAAGCCGGUGUUUUGAAACGGUGUCACCAAAUGAAUCAUUAUUGCUUUGGCCGAACACAUCUUGUCGAACCUCGGAAUUAGUAGCAUCGUAUUGUCAUUUAAUGUCAGUAAUCCUUUCGAGACAACGAUGAUCAAACACAGAGAGUUGUCUGGCAUUCUCAGCCAAGAGAAGCAGGUUUCACAAGCAUGGAGCGAAACUACUCUCACCGAUGCGUUGUAGAUCUGACAGUUUUCGACCGGACUAACAUCACAAAGGCGCCAAAGAUAGCCCAGAUUGACAUAAGCCAUUCUGGCUUUCACUAUGCAUGAAUUGAUCUCAUCACACACGCCACCAUCAACACUUAAACAGCUACUCAGAUACACAGACUCUUCGACUGCUCCCAUCUUCUGGCUACUACGAGUGAGUGGAAGCACAAGAUCUUUCCAGUCUUAUAAAAUUAGUUCUUACUUAGAAGGUGCAAAGCACAUGUCAUACCUACAGACACUAAUUGUCAACUGUUUGAUUGGGUAUUGCAUGGCUUGUGUAUCAUCGCACAGGAAACUAAAUUAUGCUCACUUCACUCUCGUUGUAAUCUGACAGACUUUUAUUUUAGCAAGACGGAAAUAUCAAAAUAUAAUGAUUUUAUGUAAUAUACCUAAUCUACCACAAAUGUUUCAUGUAAGAAAAGAUUGACUAAUUUUGUGAGGCGCUUAUAGUUUCCGCCUGAGGUAUUCCAUUCAACUAUCAACCCUACCAUGACCACGCUCUCAGAAUACAUAAUAUUAAUACUUUUCUACAUACCUAGUCAGAAUCCAUUUUUUGAAUUCAGUACUCAGUACAAUAUUGCAAUCUACUAAUUUAUUAAACAAACUACACUCUUAACAUGUAACAAAUAUACUCUAUAUAAACACUGGGAGUUUGAAACUCAUUUGUAUAACAAGCAAGUUAUUUCACGUAACAACAACUUAUACUUAGAUCUAUAAUCAAUUAGUAUAUUUAAGCACAUAUAUUUAUAAAGUGAUUAUAAUUAACACGUAAGUGCCACUUUUAAAAUAAAAGUACAUCAUGAAAUGAACAUGAAUAAGUGAAAAAGUUCCAUUAUUUUUUCUCGAGCUGCUAAAAAGUGUAUAAAGUGUGUAUUGUGUUUUCGCUUGUUAUUUAUGCUACAUUAUGUGUUCAUUGGUGAAAAUCUGUGUUGAUGAAAAGAUUCGUGUGGUAAAACAGAGGCCGCAUAGUUCUACGAACAUGCUACUAUUGAGAUGGACAGCUGAGAACAAUAAAAUUUAAAUGUUAACUUAAAGACAGGAAUAUGCCUACUAGUUUUAUUUCAAUGUAGAAAAACAUCAAGAAAAAAAUUAAUCGUAUCAUAUUUCAGUCUCCGAUCAAGUAAUAAUAUAAACCAAUGUUGAGUAACUUAAGGCAUCAUACUGACCAAAGAAAUCUAUAGAAGCCUAGCCACUUUUAAAAUUUGGAACCAAAAAAAAUUAUUAAUAACAAAUGAUAGAUAAUGUUUGCUACAAGUAAUUUACUUUACGGACUUAAUUAUGAAGAUUGUACAUACAGAACUUAAAAUGACUUGUCAUAGACUGUUGUAUUAAUUUUAUAAACAAAAUAUCUAUCAUCUACUUGAAGUAAUUGUCGUUUUUAUUUGAGAAUGGUGUAAGUUGGACAAUUUCCUAAAGGAAUCGAGUUUUCUCAGAUAAACGCUUUUAUGAUUAUAGUAUCUAACAAAAUAACAUCUACAUUGGUAUCACUUAACAGAUAACAUUUUCCACCAAUAAACAUCAAAAAACUAACAGACUAUAUAUGUCACAAUAAGUCAUCAAUUGAAUGUUCACUAGUUAGCUGAAAAGCAAUAGAAAACUGUUUCAUUCUAAGUUGAAACUUCCGAAGGUGCAUACAUGACCUAUAGUUAUUAAGUUCAUAUCAGUGAAGUAAUUUUUAUAUACAUUAUAUUUAACUAACGACCGCUUAUAUCAACUGACCAUGCCCGAUGGAGUAAAACAUAGAGUGCUGAAAACUUUGUUGGUCGAAGAGUUGACUGGAUAUCCACCAGCAAAUUAUUUACAGCAUACACAUGCUUAUUAUGAAGCAUUGGAAGCAUUCAAAAAAAUACAUGGGGAUGAUUUAUCCGAUCAGAUUUAUGAUAUGAUCACGAAUAAUGAUUCGGGUUUGCGGCUAAAAAAUAAAGGUCGUCAUGCUAAAUCAACAAAUUUCAUUCCUGUGCGUGGAAGUCGACUACAGGAAACAAGUUUCAUGUUAUCACCAAGGAUAAUGCGUAAAGCUAGUAUAAAACUUUCAUCAUCAGUUAACUGUCUCUUGAAAACUAGUCAUUCAUCAUUGUUUAUAGAAGAUUUAUGCAAUCAACAUCAUGGACAAUCUAUGCCUUGUGAUGAAGAUAAUUCAAGUCAAAUUUUAGAGGAUCAAAACAAUUCCAUUCAUUCUAUAAAAGAUAAUCAUAAUGAUAACACAAAUUCAAUAGCACCAACCAAAAAGUUGGCAAAAGAAAGUACUGUCAUGCAAAAAUUGAACCAAUCAAUCCCUUUAGCGUUUAAGUCACGCUUUACAACUAAUUUGGUGAAAUCCAAUUAUGAUAUGCAUACAUCUGCCUCUAGUCCAUCUUUAUGUGAUUCUGAAAUCUUCCUGCGUCAGACAAUUGAAACAACAACCACGAAAACAACACUAGAAACGGCCACAGACGCCCAGUUCUCCUCAUCUCCACCGUCAUCAGUAUCAACAGUCUUAACAAAUACAACACAACCAUUAUCAAGCCAAUCAAAUAAGAUCAUUGCUGUCAUUAACCCUAAAGAAGAAAUUUGUAAUCCUUAUAAUUUUAAAGAUAUACAGCAAGCUAUCUCAUGGCUUGAAGUUGAAUUGAAUGCUGUUAAAAAUAUAAUGCUGGCUAAUAUGAAAUGCGCAGAUGAGAAUAAAAAAAAUAGAGCAUCUCGUAAAGCCUACAAAUUAGCUGCUAAACGUAACCAAGAAACUAUAACUAACCUUGAGAAUCAAAUACAUGGCCUACAAAUGUAUACUCAAAAACGCGAACUAUUUAAAUGCUCAAAAUAUGAAAAUACAUCAAUAUGUAAUUCUGAUCAUUACUCAACCAGUCAGUCGCUACUCAAAGUGUCAUCGUCAUCUUUAUCUUCUCCAUCAUGCUCCUGUUCACCAUCAUCUUCAUUAUUAUUAAGUGAACGUAGGUCAAUUGAUCAAUCGACAAAUGAGAUUCCGUCGAAAAUAAAUAUUCUAAAAAAAUAUAGUGAGAAAUUUAAUCAUUCAUCUAUCACUCAUUUCAGUGUAAAAGAUUUAUUAUUCACGCAAAAAGAUGUUGAUGAUGGAAAAAUAUCACGUCCAGUUAUUUUGUACCAUGGUAAUCAAAGAAAUCUACCACAGAAUUCAUUACAACAUACCCAACUGAAUAAUACUAAAACAGUAAAUGCAAAUGUUGAAGCAUUAAAACUGUUAUCACCCAGUGUAUCAUCGAAAUUUCUUCAAAGUAAUAAAGUUCAAGAUAAUUCAACUGGAACUCAACAGACAAUGGUUUCUUUAAAAGAAACAACAACGCUGACAACGGAUUUCGUUAAUGGGGGAGAUGAUAAUAAUUAUGAAAAUUUAUCUGAAUACGAGCAUCAAAGAGAUAAUAAUUAUACAACUACGACAAAAUCUUCAUCAUCACCGGUGCCAUCCUCUUUGUUAGAUAUGGAAGAGUCUCAGUCAUAUAAUACAGCUGUUUCAACGACAUCUAAGAGUUUUAGUGAUAUAGGAACACAGAUAAUCAAUCAUGAUACAUUUGAUGGUUAUAAUAAAAAUGGUAGUAAUAGUAAUAAUAUUGGUUUAGACACUAGUCCAAACAACCAAUCACUACUAAACGGGAAUUAUACACAAGAUAUUUACCGUGGCAGUGAUCAAUCAUCAGAAAUGAACUCCUAUCAUGGUUCUCCAUGGCAUUAUCAACUUUCAUCGGAUUCAUCUCAUAACUUAAAAUCUAAUUGUCACCAAUAUCAAGAAUUAUCAUUUAAUGCAAAAAAAUCAUUUUUGAAUGGGAAUAAAUUUCAACCAGCACCAAAACAAUUAAAUGGAAGUCAGAAUUCAUUGUUACAUUUGACAAAAUCAUAUCGAAGUCCGACAUUAUCAUCUUUUUCUUCUUGGUCAUCAACUCAUUCUUUAUGUUCGGUAAAUUUAAUUGGACAACGUGAAUCUGCAGAGAAUAACGGUAGUGAUACUAUGCCUGUUAAAAAGGUUUUACAAUCUUCUCAUAGUACGCAUAAUAUUCGAAGUACACCACAAAAAACUUUAGUCGAUGUAGAAUUGAAUAAUCAUAAACCUAAUCAUCAGAUUCAGUCAAAUGGAAUAAAAGUGCCAACUAGUCAAACCAAUUAUUAUUUACCGAUUCAUCAACUGCAAAAAAAUACUAACAGUACUAAAAACAAUUCAAGUUUACAUUAUUUAUCUUGUGAACAAGUACAAUCCCCUGAUUUUGUCAAUAAAACAUCCAAAACUUGUUAUUAUAGUCCUGUUUCACAAAAUCGAUCAGGGCAAUCAAUUCGAAAAGUUAUUGAUUAUCGUAAUCCACUUUAUCCAGGAUUUAAAAGACAUAAUAAAGGACUACACGUAACUUCGUCAACGGUAAAUCUCUGUCAAACUCCUACAGAUUCUCCAAAUCACAAACGAUCUGGUAAUCAUCCAGCUAGAAUUAUUGAGCGAGCAAAGUUGUAGACCACAUUGGAUGAUUGUUGUUUCGUUGCUUAAGAAUGAGAAUUUCAAAGAUAGUUUUUUAUUUAAACCACGUGGAUUGGAAUAACCUCCGUUAGACCUUCACUGAAUGUAUACAAUCGAUCAAUUAAUCAUUUGCUGUAUUUGACCCUGUGUACUUCCUGUGAUUAUGACAACGACAAAUAUUGAAAAAUGAAAUCAAAAAAAGAGAGAGUUGCAAUGAUGACGUUACAUUUUCUCGUGUACUAUCUUUUCACAUAAUGAUUAUAAGUCCUUUCAUGAUUAAUAAUUCAUUCAAAUUUAUUAGUUUAUUAAUUACAGUGUUUAUUAUCAUUAUACAAUCUGACAGAUUUUGUAGUUCCAUUUCAAUCUUAAAUGAAUUUAAAUUUAUCAUAACAAUCUUUUCAUGAAAUUAGCAAGAUUUAUGUAAACUUUUCUAGCUACUUUAAUCGUUUUCUAUUUAUAUAUCCAACCAUCUAUUACUGAAGAAAUGAAACUGUUUUAAUGAUUGACUCUGAACGAAAACACUCGAGUGUUAUUUCUUUUCAAAAAAAAUUAUUAUUUCAUUGAACUCAUUUAUUUGCUUAGUAGAAUGUAUAUUUGUGUGUAUAUACGCACUCAUUUUCUGUCUAAACACCUUGAUUAUAUGUGUACAAAAUUUUCUUGAUUUGGAUUG